UAGACGAGCGAGAUGCACUGGCUGCUGAGCGCCAGGUGCUUCGCCGUGAUGGUCUUCAGCCCCGACACCUGCGGACAAGCGGGAGAGGCGGGAGAGGCGGGAGAGGCGGGAGAGGGGGGAGAGGCGGGAGAGUGGGAAGAGGGGGGAGAGGGGGGAGAGGGGGGAGAGGCGGGAGAGGCGGGAGAGGGGGGAGAGGCGGGAGAGGCGGGAGAGGCGGGAGAGGCGGGAGAGGCAGGAGAGGCGGGAAAGGCGGGAGAGGCGGAAGAGGCAGGAGAGGCGGGAGAGGGGGGAGAGGCGGGAGAGUGGGAAGAGGGAGGAGAGGGGGGAGAGGCGGGAGAGGCAGGAGAGGCGGGAGAGGGGGGAGAGGUGGGAGAGGCGGGAGAGGCAGGAGAGGGGGGAGAGGCGGGAGAGGCGGGAGAGGCGGGAGAGGCGGGAGAGGCGGGAGAGGCGGGAGAGGCGGGAGAGGCGGGAGGCGGGCGAGGCGGGAGAGGCGGGAGAGGGGGGAGAGGCGGGAGAGGGGGGAGAGGCGGGAGAGGGGGAGAGGCGGGAGAGGCGGGAGAGGCGGGAGAGUGGGAAGAGGGGGGAGAGGGGGGAGAGGGGGAGAGGCGGGAGAGGCGGGAGAGGGGGGAGAGGCGGGAGAGGUGGGAGAGGCGGGAGAGGCGGGAGAGGCGGGAGAGGGGGGAGAGGCGGGAGAGGCGGGAGAGGCGGGAGAGGCAGGAGAGGCGGGAGAGGCGGGAGAGGGGGGAGAGGCAGGAGAGGGGGGAGAGGCGGGAGAGGCGGGCGAGGCGGGAGAGGCGGGAGAGGGGGGAGAGGCGGGAGAGGGGGAGAGGCGGGAGAGGGGGAGAGGCGGGAGAGGGGGAGAGGCGGGAGAGGCGGGAGAGUGGGAAGAGGGGGGAGAGGGGGGAGAGGGGGAGAGGCGGGAGAGGCGGGAGAGGCAGGAGAGGCGGGAGAGGGGGGAGAGGCGGGAGAGGUGGGAGAGUGGGAAGAGGGGGAGAGGGGGAGAGGCGGGAGAGGCGGGAGAGGCGGGAGAGGCGGGAGAGGCGGAGAGGGGGAGAGGCGGGAGAGGGGGGAGAGGCGGGAGAGGCGGGAGAGGGGGGAGAGGGGGAGAGGCGGGAGACGGGAGAGGCGGGAGAGGCGGGAGAGGCGGGAGAGGGGGGAGAGGCGGGGGAGGCGGGAGAGGGGGGAGAGGGGGAGAGGCGGGAGAGGCGGGAGAGGCGGGAGAGGCGGGAGAGGCGGGAGAGGGGGGAGAGGCAGGAGAGGGGGAGAGGCGGGAGAGGGGGGAGAGGCGGGAGAGGGGGGAGAGGCGGGAGAGGGGGAGAGGCGGGAGAGGUGGGAGAGGCGGGAGAGGCGGGAGAGGCGGGAGAGGCGGGAGAGGGGGGAGAGGCGGGAGAGGCGGGAGAGGCGGGAGAGGCAGGAGAGGCGGGAGAGGCGGGAGAGGGGGAGAGGCAGGAGAGGGGGGAGAGGCGGGAGAGGGGGAGAGGCGGGAGAGGCGGGAGAGGGGGAGAGGGGGGAGAGGCGGGAGAGGCGGGAGAGGCGGGAGAGGCAGGGUGAGGUUAUCAUUGCAAUGUUGGCUGC